AUGUCAUUUCUAUACAGAAAAGCAGCACAAAUGUUGUCAAGAUGUUCACAAGGAGGAGGAAUAAAAAAUGUUUUACUUGAAAAUGAAGAUAAAUCAAUUAAAAAAUUGUAUUCAAUAUUAUAUAAAGCGUUGGAAGAUUUAGAUCUAUUAAAUAAAAUUUAUAAUAUUUAUUUAUCUAAAAUAUGUAAAAAUAAAUUUCUGGGAAUAAUUCUUUUGAGUGUAUUAGUUCAUAGAAAUAAAAUAGAUGGUGGUGGAAAACUAAAAAGGGAAAUUAAAAAAAGAGAAAGAGAAAUUUUAGAUUUUUAUAAAAAAGCUCGAGAAAAACCAUAUAAUAAUAAUAUUUUAGAAAUAAAUAAUAUAUCAAAAUAUUUUUUAAUAUAUGGAAAUGAUAACAGCAUCAAGGAAGAAUUAAUGAGAAGUAUUCAAAUUGAAGAAGACGAAGAUAUAAGAAAUUUGUAUAAAAUUACUAAUAAUAAAGUAAAAAUGUUAAUAGAUAGUCGUUUUUAUAGAGAAAAUAAAAUAAGGAUAAUUGAUAAAACAUCAUGUUUGGUUGUAAAAGCAGGUAAUAUAAAAAGGGGUAUGGUUGUUGUUGAUAUAUGCUCCUCUCCAGGUAGCAAGGCUAUUUUUAGUCUUAUUUCCUUAAAAAAAAAAGGAUACUUAAUAUGUGUAGAAAAAAAUAAAAAAAGGUGUUUUACUUUAUUGAAUGAAAUUUUAAAAAACGGAGAAUACGAUGGUUUGUAUCUAGAUGAACACUUUAUUGAAAGUGAAAAAUUUAUUCUUAAUGAAUAUAAUUUUUUUAAUAAUAAAAAACACAAUAUUUAUUAUAUAAAACACAAAAAUAAUGAAUUAAUAAUAAAAAUAUAUAAUUGUGAUUUUCUAAAUUUAAGUUCUGACGAUUUUCCAAAUAAAAUAGAUGUUGUAUAUAUUGAUCCUUCAUGUUCUUCUAGUGGAAUGCCAGAUUUUAUAUAUAAAAAAAAUAUAGAAAAUGCUUUUUCAAAUAAAAAUUACAAAAAUGAAAAAUAUAAUAAAAGUGAUAAUUUUAAGAAAAAAAUCAACAAACAAAGGAAUGAAAACACAAAUAAUAUAGAUAAAUUUAAUAAUGCUACUGAAUGGCAAAACAUAAAUGAGUCAGAUAAUAUAAUUGAAGAAAGUAAUGAUUAUAUGCCUGAAAAAAUAUCAGAAAUUAAGAUCCCCAAAGUUCCUUCUAUUUUUAAAGAUAAAGUAAAAAAAUUAUCUGAAUUUCAGAAAAAAAUAUUAAAUCAUGCUUUAGUUAAUCUAACAGGUUCUAGCACUUUUAUAUAUUCUACCUGUUCAUUUUUUGAAGAAGAAAAUGAGCAGGUUAUACAAGAAGUAUUGCAAAAAAAUCCCAAUUUUUACUUAAAAAAAGCUGGAAAAGAUAAAUUUCUUUCUAACAAUCAUAAGUAUGAUUUUUCAAACAAAUGUAUUAGAACAUUUCCGGAAAAAGAUUUAUGUAGAGGAAUAUUCAUUUCUAAAAUAUGUCGAAAAAAUAUAUAA